AUGGCGUUAACAGCCAAAAACUUCGCCUACGACGUGCUCACCAACCCAAGACAUACAAGAUGGAUAGCACCACUCCUAGUUCUCGGCGACGCAUUCCUCUGCGCCCUCAUCAUCUGGAAGAUCGCAUAUACUGAGAUCGAUUGGACCACAUAUAUGCAACAGAUCUCACUAUACAUCUCCGGCGAACGCGAUUACACCUUAAUCAAAGGCUCGACAGGCCCGCUCGUCUACCCCGCCGCCCACGUAUACAUCUACACCCUCCUCUUCCACCUCACAGAUGGAGGUCGCGAUAUUCUGCUCGGCCAAGCGCUGUUUGCUGUGCUGUAUUUGGCGACCUUGAUUGUCGUCGUUGCUUGCUACAGGCAGACCGGAGCACCCCCAUAUCUCUUCCCGCUGCUUGCGCUGUCAAAACGGCUUCAUAGUAUCUUCGUCUUGCGCAUGUUCAAUGAUGGGGCUGCUACGUUUGCUAUGUGGGUUGCUAUUUACCCUUGGACGGCUGGGAUUGCGGUGUGGUCUUUCGGCGUGGCCAUCAAAAUGACACUUGUAUUGUUUGUGCCGGCCAUCGCGAUUCUUACUCUUCUCAGCUUGGGGCUGGCGCGCAGUAUUUCGCUCGGAGUUAUGGCGGUGCUGAUUCAGGGCCUCCUCGCCGUCCCCUUCCUACAAACCAACGCUACAAGCUACCUCUCUCGGGCAUUUGAGCUCUCCCGGCAGUUCUUGUUCAAAUGGACAGUCAAUUGGCGCUUCAUAGGCGAAGAAACCUUCCUCUCAAGGGAAUUCUCAUUGGGUCUGAUCGUACUGCAUAUAUCCUUGCUGGCUAUCUUCGUCGGAACAUGGCUGAAACCAUCUGGCGUGAAUAUGUUCCGUUUCCUUAGGGAUACUCUCCGAGGACGCCAACAGACAGUUGCCCUGUCCAAACCAUUCAUUAUGACCGUGAUGUUGAGCUCACUGGCCAUCGGUUUGGUUUGCGCCAGGUCCUUGCAUUAUCAAUUCUUUGCGUAUCUCGCUUGGGCCACUCCGUUCCUUCUCUGGCGCGCAGGUCUGCAUCCCAUUUUGAUAUAUAUCGUGUGGGCACUGCAAGAAUGGGCGUGGAACGUUUUCCCCAGCACCAACGCAAGCUCGGCUGUGGUGGUCUUGUCGCUUGCAAUUCAGGUCUUGGGCGUAUAUUUCAAUGGGUCAGGCGAGGCAGAAGUAAAGAGUGACAAGCGUGGCCGCAGUAAGGCACAAGUCCAAUGA